ACAGCUCUUUCAGCUAAUCUCCUCCUUGGAUGGAUUGAUGGUCAUGAAGCAGCCCCGGCGCCAACUAUCUCCAAAAACGAUAAAACCGUCCCUAAUCCAGAGUAUACCUCCUGGACCAUCGUUGACACACAGAUCCGCGCCUGCCUCCUAGCGGUCAUCAGCCCCUCCGUUCACAAACAUGCUCGCGGCUUCACCACACCUGCUGCCCUCUGGGAUGCUUUGGCCGCACGGUACAACUCCGUGUCCACCGCUCAUGUUUAUCAGCUUCGGGACAAACUCCACACUCUUCGUAAAGGUACCAAAACUAUGACACAAUACCUUGAUGAUGCGGCAACUAUUCUCUCGGAUCUCGAUGCCUUGAAAGAAGAGAUCCCUGAACGUGAUGUGGUGAAUGCUGUUAUUCGUGGUCUUCCCACCGAAUACUCAUCCUUUAAGCAAAACAUUCGCAUGAACAAUACCAACAUUUCAUUAAAUCAGCUUUCUGGAUGGCUGAUCUCCGAAGAAAUAAACCUGGAGAUGGAGAAUAAACUCAGCCUCACCGAGUCUACCAUCACCGAACCUCGCACAGCACUUCUCGCUACAAACGGUCGAG